AUGACGAGUCGUCACCAGUCUUGUUUUAUUAUUAAACAAUUUAGUAGACACCAGAAGUUGGUGAAUGAUAAACCCAAACUUAUCAAUAUGGAUAUAUUAUCUUGGUGGCACAGUCAGAAAGAAAGUAUGCCCGUCCUCUAUGACUUGGUACAAAAGUAUAUGUGCAUUCCAUCGUCAUCAGCUCCUUGUGAGCGUAUAUUUUCAAAAGCAGGUACAAUGUGCACAUCAUUACGUAACAGAAUGUCCCGUUAUUGCAGUCGAAGAUGUCAUAAGAAAAAUCAACAAAAACGUUCUGAUAAUAAUUAA